CAACAACAACAACAACAACAACAUCACCACUUCCGCCGGCGGCAAUCCCAACUUCCAAGCCCACAACAAACACCAAAGACUGACAGAGUCAACCCAACACCAAUACUCAAAUAAAACAAAUCCCCGGAAACCCGAAAGAACCCCCCAAAACACAAAUCGCCCAAAAUGAAGGGAAACGACGUCAUCGCCGUCAUCAUCAUCGUCCUCUUCAUCGUUCUGGCCGCCAUCGCCUUCGGCAUCUACCGCCUCGUCAGCGUCGCGCGCCAGGCCCACGGCACCGUGACCACCUCGUCGAGCGGGAGCAGCACCAGCUUGACGGAUGAUGAUGAGCAUUCGCAUUCGAGGGGGCCAACCAAGCUUCUUGGUCUGGGUUAUCAGCCUGGAUACGGGUUUUGUCCAGCGGGCUGCUCAGUGUUCCGCAACUAA